CAAACGACGCAGAAGAAGUCGACUGUUCAGUGUAGAACCGUAAAUUAACGUUAUAGCUAAGUAAAGCGCGGUUGAUUAUAACACCGUGUGGAUUAAUCGCGCCAAUUUAUUUCUACAUUAUCAUCAGUUAAAUUAGUGCUUUGUCCUCCGUGAAGCACACGCCGAGAGGACGACUAGAUUAUUCAUCCGAGGAAACUUUAUUCUCAGACAGGAAUAAUGACCGAGCCGGAAGUCAACCCAAAGGCGUAUCCUCUGGCAGACGCCACUUUAACUAAAACCAUCCUGGAUCUGGUGCAACAAGCUUCCAACUAUAAACAACUGAGGAAAGGAGCUAAUGAAGCCACCAAAACUCUCAAUCGUGGGAUCUCGGAGUUCAUAGUGAUGGCUGCUGACGCAGAGCCGUUGGAGAUCAUUCUUCAUUUGCCGCUGCUGUGUGAGGAUAAGAACGUCCCAUAUGUGUUCGUGCGCUCCAAGCAGGCCUUGGGCCGAGCAUGUGGAGUGUCCCGGCCUGUAAUCGCCACCUCAGUCACUAUAAAGGAGGGUUCACAGCUCAAGCCUCAGAUCCAGUCUCUGCAGAUGGCCAUUGAGAGACUGUUGGUCUGAUUGGGCCUUGGGGGAACUAGAAAAAAUGCUAACUGCAGUUUUGAAUGAGCUUGUUUCAUUUUUUUGUUCAUUUUUUUUGAAAACACUGAAGUGUUUGUCAUGUUUUAAUUCAGAUUAUCCUUAAAGUUCCCUUUUCAGGUGUUCCCUUUAAAGUGAUGUAUACAUUGACACGUCAUACAUUUGGUUUCGUUUUCCUUUUUUUUUAAACUUCUAUAAAAUCUACUGAUCCAUGUUUGAUCACUUUCUGCAGAAACUAUUUUCCAUGCUUGUAAUAAAUGAAAUGUUCACCUA